AUGGAAAUGAAGAACAAUCAUUACUUUCUGCUACUCUUUUUAUGCUUCAGUCUCAACAGUAAUCUCUGUAUCGCAAGGAACACCAUUUCUGCGAAUGAAUCUCUUUCUUUUAGUGAAACUCUUGUCUCUUCAGGUGAGAGAUUUGAGCUUGGUUUUUUCAGACCAGGUAACUCUCUUAAAUAUUAUCUAGGCAUAUGGUACAAGAACGUUAUUUUAUCGCAAACAGUAAUUUGGGUAGCAAAUAGGGAUAAACCACUUGAGUAUGGUGCUGCUGAGAUGAAAAUUAGUCAAGGAAACCUGGUGCUUCUUGAUAGAUUUCAAGGCGUAGUUUGGUCGGCACUUGCUGGAAACAUCAAUCCAGAUAUUUCAGUUACUGCACUUCUUCGUGAUGAUGGGAAUUUGAUUUUGAGAGAUGUGUCAAAUUCAUCAACACCCUUACUACUUUGGCAAAGUUUUGAUCACCCAACACACACUUUUAUGCCUGGUGCUAAGAUUGGAUAUGACAAACGUACACAAAGAAAACAGGUUUUGGUAUCAUGGAAGAAUUCGAGUGAUCCAGCACCAGGAUUGUAUUCUAUGGAAAUGGACCCAAAGAAUGCUCAAUUUGCUUUAAAAUGGAAUAGGACUACAGAGUAUUUGGCAAGUGGUUCAUGGGAUGGCCGAACGUUCAGCUCAGUGCCUGAGAUGAGUUCAAACUACAUAUAUCAUAUCAGCUAUAACGACAAUGAGAAUGAGUCAUAUUUUACAUAUUCCCUUUACGAUAGUUCAACCGUAUCAAUGUUCAUCAUGGAUGUCUCUGGACAAAUUAAGCAACUAACAUGGUUGAAUGGUAGCUUUCAAUGGGCUCUAUUCUGGUCUCAACCGAGACAAAUUUGUGAGGUUUAUGCUAAAUGUGGGGCAUUUGGAGUUUGUACUGAAGCUAAUGCAACCUGCAAUUGUUUGAGUGGUUUCAAGAAAAUAUCAGAUACAGAAUGGAAUUCAAAUGAUUAUUCCAGUGGCUGUGUAAGAGACCAAAAGGUGCAGUGUAAUGCAAUUACUGAAGACAAAGAUAGUUUAUGGAUAAGUUCAAUUCUGAGAGUACCUGCUUCUCAAAAUACUAAUAUCACAGUUGGGACAGCCUCACAGUGUAGAUCUGCAUGUUUCAACGAUUGCUCUUGCACUGCUUAUACUUAUGAUGGUUCCGGUACCUGUUCCAUCUGGACAGGGGAUCUGUUCAAUCUGGAACAACUCAGCACAACUGAAUCAGAAAGGACAAUAUUUGUCAAACGCAGCUCACCUGAAGGUUAG